UCAUGCUGCGCCAGCAGAUGUCCCUGCGCCAGGCAGUGAUCACUGUGAGACAGCACCGAUGGGUCUUCCCCAACCGAGGCUUCCUCCACCAGCUCUGCCAGCUGGACCAGAAGCUGCAGGGUGCAGGCCGGAGCUGAGGAGCCAGGGCUGCUCCUUACUCCCUGCCACAGGGCUCUGCCAUUUUGCCACCGCGGUACUGGCCCUGUUGGUGCUGCUGGGGGCUCCGGCCCAGGUGGACACCUGGAAGAUGGUGAAAGCCCAGUGUGGGGUCCGCCCUACAGCCUGCUACUCCGUGCACUUCCUCUGGCCGUCAGCACUCCCUAUCAGCCGCUGUCUUCAGUCCCCACAGAAGCAGCAUCAAGUGUGCAGAGACAAGCGGUUAGAAGUCAGCAGCACAAAGUGCCUGUCAGAGAAGACCACAGCCUGGACCAGAUACCCCCACAGGAUGGACUCCCUGCAAAAGCAGGAUCUCCGGAGGCCCAAGAUCCAUGGAGCAGUCCCGGUGUCCCCCUACCAGCCGCCCACGCUGUCCUCACUGCAGCGCUUGCUGUGGGUCCGGCGGGCCGCCACACUGAGCCACAUCAAUGAGGUCUGGCCCAACCUCUUCCUGGGAGAUGCGUAUGCAGCCCGGGACAGGAGCAGACUCACCCAGCUGGGCAUCACCCACGUUGUGAACGUUGCUGCGGGCAAGUUUCAAGUGGACACAGGUGCCAAGUUCUAUCACGGAAUGCCUGUGGAGUACUAUGGCAUUGAGGCUGAUGACAACCCCUUCUUUGACCUGAGUGUGUACUUUCUGCCUGUGGCUCGGUACAUCCGGACUGCCCUCAGUGUUCCCCAAGGCCGCGUGCUGGUGCACUGCGCCAUGGGAGUGAGCCGCUCCGCCACCGUGGUCCUGGCCUUCCUCAUGAUCUACGAGAACAUGACGCUGGUGCAAGCCAUCCAAAAGGUGCAGGCCCACCGUGAUAUCUGCCCCAACUCCGGCUUCCUCCGGCAGCUCCAGGUUCUGGACAACCGACUGAGGCGGGAUUCGGUGAGACUCUGACCUGGUGGACAGCCAGGAGCCCUGACCCUCCGGCCAGCAUGGCCCAACCCACCAGCCUGGCCCUGGGACAGCAGCCUCUUGAGAUGUACAUAGCAAGCAAGGACUUAGCUGAGGCAGAGGCAGGGAGAGCUGGGUGGUGACCUUUAUCGGGUGGAUUUCCCUGACCCAAUCCAGAGAUUCUUUAUGCAAAAGA